GGGCGGAGACGAGCGUGCGCGGUGAAGUCGUACUUACCCCGUGUAGAAGCUGGUACCUUCGGUGUCUAGCUAAUAGGAGUUGGUGAACAGGGGCUUUUAGAGGGUGCAGUGCAGGGCAGGUGGAGGAGAGGGGCGAGAAUAAUUGCUCUCUUUGAGCUACAAAAAAAGGAGGGCCAGUGAGGGGAGGGUAAGGUUUCUGUCGCCCUCUAGGGGUAGUGAGAAGAGGGGGUUUGUCAAUGGCCCCCUGAGGCAGGGAAGAAAGGGGAUCCUGCCAUUGUUCUCCUGCGGUGCAGGAGGGAAAGGCUUUGUCCUUCACCCUUCCCCUCCCCCGCAGAGGAGAAGGUUCCCAGGAAGGAGGGAUCUUGUUAUAAUUUCCCUGGGUCAUUUUGGGGCAAGAGAGAGAGACCUUGUUAAUGUCCCCCUCAGGUCUGUUGUACUUCAGUCUCCUCAGUCCUCUGGUGAGAACGGAAUAUCUGGGGAGGGCCAUGGCCCGGCUCCCAGCACCAGGCUCUGUGAUUGUCCCUGACUGGCAUGAGAGCACAGAGGGCAAAGAACAUCUGUCAUGCAUCCUUCGGAAGAACCGGCGAAGGGUGUUUGGACUGCUAGAGAGGCCUGUUCUGCCGCCUCAGGUGGCUGCCGACACUGCGAGCUACAAGAUUUUUGUUUCUGGGAAGAGUGGGGUGGGGAAGACAGCCCUUGUGGCCAAGUUGGCCGGCCUGGAGGUUCCUGUGAUACACCAUGAAACAGUAGGUAUCCAGACGACAGUAGUGUACUGGCCCGCCAAACUGCAGGCCAGCGAACGAGUGGUCAUCUUCCGCUUUGAGUUCUGGGAUUGUGGAGAAGCGGCACUCAAGAAAUUUGAUCACAUUUUACCUGCCUGCAAGGAGAAAACAGACGCCUUCCUUUUCCUCUUCUCUUUCACCGACCGGGCCUCCUUCGAAGACCUCCCGGCUCAGCUCUCCCGGAUUGCCGGAGAUGCCCCCAACGCCGUCAAGAUGGUGAUCGGCUCCAAGUUUGAUCAGUACAUGCACACGGACGUUCCGGAGCGGGACCUCACAGCUUUCCGGCAGGCCUGGGAGCUGCCCCUGCUGCGGGUGAAGAGCGUGCCUGGGCGCCGGCUGGCCGAUGGGCGCACCCUGGACGGGAGGGCUGGUCUGCUGGAUGUGGCUCAUAUCCUCAAUGGCUUGGGGGAGCACUUGUGGCACCAGGACCAGGUGGCGGCCGGGCUUAUCCCUGGCCCCAGGAGAAGCCCCCAGAUGGCGGUGGGUCAGGCUCUGGACGGGGCGUCUGACAGGAGGGGCUCCCAGGAGCAAGACUGAGUGGGGAGAAGCAGAUAUGCUUGGGACAGAGGCAUGGAGAGGAGUCCCAGGUGUGACCUUAAACUUGUCACUUCACUUUUUUUUUAAACCUCUGUUUUGUCUUAGGAUCAAUACUGUGUAUUGGUUCUAAGGCAGAAGAGUGGUAAGGGCUGGGCAAUGGGGGUAAAGUGACUUGCCCAGGGUCACAUAGCUAGGAAGUGUCUGAGGCCAGAUUUGAACCCAGGACCUACCAUCUCUGGGCCUGGCUCUCCAUCCACUGAGCCACCCAGCUGCCCCCUGUGCUUUGAUUCCUGAUCACAGUUUUCUAUUCUGUAAAAUGGAAAUGCAGUUAUCCUAUCUCCCUCACAGGGAUGUUGUGGAGAAUGCAUUUUUCUGGCCUUAAAUUGCCCUGGAAACGCCAACUGGUGCAAAUCCCUGAGGCAGGCUGGGACUUCGUGUCUGUGGGAUAGCAAAAGGGGGCCUCUAUCUGGACUCCGAAGGCUCAUGCUUGAAUUCUAGCUCACCACUUACUACCUGGGACCUGAAGCAAGUGAUUUCCUGCCCCGAGACACCUCUUCCUCCACUGUAAAGUGGACCAGACAGUCUUGGGUCAUUUCUGACCCUGGGAGGUGAGAAGGGAGGACAAGGUCCAAGCCCAGGCCCAUCAGCGGACUAGCCCUAGGAGGUGUGGGGGCCUGGGUUCAAGUUCACAUUUUGCUGCUGAGUGCUGCCUGACCUCAUAUGGUCAUCCGUCUUCAUUUGUCCUCAAAGGCCCACCCAUCCACCUACCAGAGCCUCCGCCUUCCCUCCUGGACCAGAUGGCUUGAUUCAGAAGUUUGGGGAGACCUAAGGGAGGAGGGGAGGGCAGGGGCUGGACCAGGCAACUCUGGCAUGAGUAGCAUUGGAGGUGGCCCAGCGGCUACAGCACAUCUGUAAAAUGAGUUGGAGAAGAAAAGGCCUUUAUUCAUAUCCAGCCUUAGACUCUAGCUGUGUGACCCUGGGCCAGUCCCUUGACCCUGCUGGCCUCUGUUUCCCACUCCGAGGACAUUGCCAAGAAGAUCCCAGAUGGCGUCCCGAAGGGCCAGACUGGACAAGGACCAGGAAAUCGGUCAGAAGACAAGUCUGAUGGGGCCUGAAGGUGGGUGGAGCAGGGAGAGAUGCUCUAUAAUAGACCUGGUGGAUAAUAUUCA